UCUCAAUUUCCAUAUCUCUAAGAGUCAGUUCACAAACCCUAAAAGAUUCAUGUCUAGUAAACGUUUCAAUCCGCUGGAAGAUCCGCCGUCGGCUUCUUCAAGCGAUGAUGAUGAAGUUGACGCUUCUCUUGAAGAAGGUGAUGAAAUCGUUGGGAACUCUUCCUCUGACGAAGAAUAUGAUGAUGAUGAUGGUCUUCCCUCGGCACCUCCCAUGAAGAAUGUACUUUUUCUCCCCGCCGCAACUGGGAAGCUAGUUUCCGAUUCCGAAUCUGUUUCGGGGGAAGAAACCGAGUCAGACUCUGAACCCCGGAAGAAGAAAGAUCAGUUUUUGACUGUGAAGCAUGUGAUGACCGAAACAAAAGAUUCCGUUGUGAAGGAUCAAGAUUCCAAAAAGGUUAAAACUUCUGAGAAAUCUGUGGGCAAGCGUUCUCGUCAGACGGAUGAAGGAGGUGUCUCAUCAACGAAGAGGGUCAAGAAGAGUGGUGGUGAAGAGACGAAGAAGACUUAUUUCCAACGUGUUUGGACUGAGGACGACGAGAUAGCUGUGUUGCAAGGUCUUAUGGAUUACAAGAAUGAUACUGGUGUCAGUCCGUAUGAUGAUACUAAUGGCGUUUAUCAGUUGGUUAAGAAAUCUGUUAGUUUUGAUGUUUCUAAGAUCCAGUUCAUGGAAAAGCUUAGGAGUUUGAAGAAGAAGUACGAGAACAAUGUUGGUAAAGCUAAGAACGGAGAGGAACCGAGUUUUGCUAAACCUCAUGAUCGCAAGACUUUUGAAUUCUCUAAGUUAGUUUGGGGAGCUAAUGGGAUGGCUCUUGAUUCGGUUGUGAAACCUAAUGGGAAGUCUAAGAAGAGCAGUAAGUCCAAGAAAGUCGAAUCUGUGAAACAAGUGAUUGAUUCUUCUUUGCCUAAUGGUAAAAACUCUGAAGAUGAGGUGACUAAUAAAGGGGGAGUAUCUUUGCUUGGCGUUGCGGAGAUGGAUGUGUUUGCCAAGUCUUCUCUUGUGAAGUCACUAGCUCGUGUUGGUGUUGAUGAACUCGCUGCUGAUCAAGGAUUGAGUUUGCUUGCCUCGGAGGAUAAGAAGAGAAUCGAGGAGCAGUGGAGAGCGUUGCAAGUUAGGGAAUUCGAGUUCCAUUCGCAGAAGAGCGGUUUCAUUCAUGAAGUUGUGACAAAGAUUGGUGAAGCUUUUCGAUCAAACGUUUAAAAAAUAUAUGUACUUUUGUUUUUGCCUUGUUCGCUUAGAACUCUUGCUUUUCUUUUCUUAUUUCAGUUUCUAUUGAUUCUUGCGGAUUUAUCAAUGUAAUGGAAGGAUGUUUUUAGCUAAGUGAAGCAAUUAUAAGUUCAUUUACAUCAAACAUUUAGUGUCGAAAAGGCAGGAUCUUAAUUCUUAGGAAGAAGACUUAUUAUGUGCGGCUUCUGUUUGUUUGAUUUUCUUGUUGUGAAUUCUCUUUGUCUUCUUUUUUAGCAGCAAUGGCUGAAACAUAAUAUGCUGAAG